AUGGCCCUGGGAAGAGCUAUUUUGUUUUCAAUUAUAGUUCUGUGGGGUUUGGUAUUAUACCGUCAAACCGCUUUGGCAGAGGAGUUUCUUGUUGGAGGUCCUGAAGGUUGGGCCGAAAACAUUAUUAAUUGGCCUCCUAAUGGAACAACCUUUCAUGCUGGUGAUGUGCUCGAGUUUGUAUACGACCCAAGGGAGUACAAUGUGGUUGUUGUAGACAAACAUGGUUAUGAAACAUGCAAAGCACCAAUAAGUGCUUUUGAAAACAACAGUGGAAAUGAUCAACUUUAUCUUGAGAAAGGAGCAAACUAUUUUAUUUGCACUAAACGUGGAUGUUGUGAAAAAAACAUGAAAAUAGUGAUCAUUGCUGAGUAG